AUAUCACAUAAAAAUAAUUGUAAAAUAUUUAAAUUAUGAAUAAUUUAGCGAAACAACUGUGUCGCCUCAACAUUAGCCAUGGAAAUCUAAUUAAAAAUCAAAGCAACCUAUUGGCACGGAUAUCCCCUGCAGUGGUAGCAGCAGGAACGGCCGGUUUUCAUACAUCAAAUGCGCUGGGGGCACGAUACAAUAAACAUAAUACGGGACCUCAGAAAUGGCUGCAAUACAAUAAAAUUGUACAUCCACCCCAGGCACCCGAAGAAGAACCAAGAAAAGCGUAUGUCUGUCACAUGAGAACAAAUAUUAAAUACAGUCCCGAUAAAAUGUGGUAUAUUGCCUCCUUUGUACGUGGCAUGUCCGUAGAUGAGGCCCUUAAACAAUUGAAUUUUGUUUUGAAAAAGGGUGCCGUUGAUGUCAAAGAAGUUAUUCAGGAGGCAGUUGAAAUGGCCCAAAAACGACACAAUGUUGAAUACAAAAGUAAUCUGUGGAUUGCCGAAUCUUUUGUCGGCAAGGGUCGCGUUAUUAAAGGUUUUCGCCGCCAUGGUCGUGGUCGUUUUGGUCUAGUAGAAUAUAAACAUUGCCACUAUUUUGUACGCCUAGAAGAGGGUGAACCACCAAAGGAUUAUUAUCUGCCCAACCCGCAAACACCAUCGGAACAAUUUGAAAAAUGGUUGGAACAAAUGCGUAUGCGUAAAGUUAUCAAUUCACUGUAGU